AUGCCCAAGCAGGUAACUGGUAUUAUAUCCAAUCCAACCAGAGCAAAGGCUAACCCCAUUAUCAAGAAUGGCACAGAGAAAAAAGUACAGAAAUGGGACAAAUCCCCUGCUGGAUUGACUAAGCUGAUCAAAUCCGCUAACCACCAGACACCUCCAACAUUAGGAAGGACUGGAGCAAGCAAGGGAAUUACAGUCGAUGCCAGGAAUGGGCAUCAACCUAAAAUGAGGCAACCUACUGAAGAGAAGGAGACCAAGGAAAGCAAUAAACGGUUACUUGAGACCCAAGACUCAGAGGUGAUUCAGCCAAGGAAGAUCGAUUUUGCUUCAGAAAUGAAGGAAAAGCCACUUGUGCCAGAAAAUGCACAUGAACCAAUGGAUGCAGCAGUCACUGGUGCUCUUGAGUAUCAAACAAUGGUGAUGACCGUCGACAACCCUGGUUCUUGA